AUGAUAGAGUCCAAGACGUUUUGUGGUAGCAGGGAAGAGAGGCAAACCAGCACCCCGCUGAGCUUGAACCUCAAACCCCUGACGCCGGGUCUACAGUUUGAGAGAAAGGACAGCUCUGGUCUGACUAGAAAUGGAAGCUGUUUUCUAGUCAGGCAUACGCCUCAUCCCAGAAGAGUCUGCCACAUAAAAGGUCUGAAUAACAUCCCUAUAUGCACUGUGAAUGAUGAUGACAAUCCAUCCAGAAUCUUCUACGGUGUUGGUCACCUGGAGGAGGAAGCACCAUUUGCCAGAAGCAGCUACUCAGCUAGCAGUGCCGUGGAUUGCCCUGUCCGAGGAGUCUCGCCUGCCCCGCGCUCUGUGAAAGUGCCCCCACGGCCUCAUCCCGAGCCCUAUAAAAUAAUCAAGGAGUGCUUCAAAACUUCCCAUGAGAAUCCCUUAGUAAUUAAAAAGGAAGAGGUUAAGGCAAGAAAUUCACCAUCGCCUCCAAAGGUGUGCUCCAGAGCUGGCUCAGAGGCAAUGAGCUUCUCAGUGGCAAUGAGUAACAAAACGGAAGUCAACACCGUCUGCAUACCAAACUACCUGGAUCAGGAAAUCAAAAUCCUGGCCAAGCUCUGUGAGAUUUUACACACCGAUUCUCUGGCGGAAGUGCUACAGUGGCUGCUUCAUGCAAGUUCAAAAGAAAAAGAGUGGGUCUCAGCUUUGGUUCAUUCCGAGCUAGGCGAGAUAAACUUGUUGACUCGCCGCCGAAGAAGCAUCUCAACAGAACCAGCAGCAGAGACCACAGGGCCACUUCUACUUAAACCGCCCUCAAACCCUCCUGCCAGGACAAAAGUGCUGACCAGAUCUAGGGAGGGGGAUCAACUGAUGAGAGUGUCAAGCCAAGGACCUGAAGAAAAUAAGGAAGUACCCAAAGAAGCUGAGUACAAGCCUCCCUUGUUUAUAAAAAGGAAGCAGAUGAAAAUACCCAUUACAGAAUACUUCAGCAAGCCAAAGUCUCCUCUCAGGCCUAAAACUCAGGACAGCAUAACAGCAAAAUCCAUGUCGGCACGGAGUGCGGAACAAGGAAACAAGCUCUCUUUUAAAAGAAUGAAUUAUCCUUCAACAUAUCAGUGA